GCUCUUCCAGAACCUCUCCGAUGAACAGGGUAACGCAAUAGUGUGUCAGCCACUGCGCUUCGGCCCGGAAACUCGGCUGCACAUCACUGCACUCAUGGGAGGGAAAAUGACAUUGAAAAUUUCAGAAGAUGCAUAUACGGAGAAUCCAGCUCUGCAAGCCCUUUUGCCGCAGCUGAACAAAGACCCAAGC